AUGCCUCCUCAUAAAGCAAAAGGCCAAGCAGCCUUACAGUCACAGUCUCAGUCUCAGCCUCAGCCUCAGUCUCAGUCUCAGCCUCAGUCUCAGUCUCAGCCUCAGUCUCAGCCUCAGUCUCAGUCUCAGUCACAGUCACAGUCACAGCCGCCUCCGCUGCCCUCCGACUACGAGACUGACGCGCCGCCACCCGCCGUCGACGUGCCCCUCCCUCCCCCGCGAUCCAACGAAGAGCUCAACUUCUCAGUUCUGCGUCGCGUCUACCCGGAUCUGCUCGCGAUUGAGCAUGUGACCCCCUAUGCAGCCCUCUACACGUUCAACCUCGAGACGCAGCAAUGGGAGAAGGUUGGCAUCGAGGGCACCCUCUUCAUCUGUCAACUGACACCUUCGCCCAUUGGCGCCGAACGCUACUGCGCAAUCAUCUACAAUCGUCGUGGCCUGGACAACUUCUACCAGGAACUCACUAGCAGUGACGAGAUGGAGAUAACAGACCCCUAUGUCAUCCUCCAGGGCGACCUGGUCUACGGCAUCUGGAUCUUUGCCGACCCUCCGCCAGCUACCACCGCCAACUGUCGCGUCGAAACGGCCGAGAAGAUGAUGGCAAUCGCAGACCGAGCACGAGCUAGUCGGGAGGCCAAGGAGAGAGAAGGGAGGAAUGGUGUCAUAGAAGCCACCGAACAGGUCGAAGCCUCGUCUGCCUCGUCUGCUCCCAUGGGCCGCCAGCUCUCUCUUCGCCAACUGUUUGGCCAGCAACGCGAGCAAGACGCUGGCUUCAGCCUUCACAGCCAUCACAACCAGCCGAGUCCAUACCAGCAGCAGGCCUCCCAUGCUCCAGAGCAGUCAGACGUGCUAGGUCAGCUUUUCAUGAAAGCCAAGCAAGACUACAAUGGCCAUGGCUGA